GCGAGCGAGCGAGCGGACGAGUGGACGAGUGAGCGAGUGAGCGAGCGGCGGUGCAUGCUUCAUGAAUGAGUCCCCCUCCACCAGCGCCGCAGGUCGGACCCUUCAUCCGCCUGCACCCUGAUGCCCGUGUGGGUGCGUAGACUGGCGUGGAGCAGUCCAGCUAAUGAGCCCGGGCAGUAAACAUAUCCCGUCAGUACUACAUGACCGCGUUUCAUCCCACCAGGAACAACACGACAGGAUAAGCAACGAUGCUUGAUGGACUGCGACGGAGACAUGUCUCCCGGCCCUCCCCCCGACCCUUGUCCCUCAACUUCAGCACCUUCUCUGCCCCUCCCCCGAGCCCGGACAUGGACAGCAGCAGUGAGCAUCCAAUCAGGAGGACUCUGCACCGGCUGAAGUUGAUGAGCUCCCCCAGCCUCAGCGAGCUGGGGAAAAGUGAGAAAAGUUCACCAGAGGACAGAGGGGAGAAGCAGAAGAGGGCAGGAGCCAACGCCACCUGGAACAGCAUCCACAACGCUGUCAUAGCAGUCUUCCAGAAGAAAGGUUUGGCAGAUAAUGAACUCUACGUCCUCAAUGAAGGUGUCCGACAUCUGUUGAAGACUGAGCUGGGAUCCUUCUUCACAGAAUACCUUCAGAACCAGCUGCUGACAAAAGGCAUGGUCAUCCUUCGGGACAAAAUAAGGUUCUACGAAGGUCAGAAGUUGCUCGACUCUCUGGCGGAGACGUGGGACUUCUUCUUCUGCGAUGUUCUCUCGAUGCUGCAGGCCAUCUUUCAUCCGGUUCAGGGUAAGGAGCCCUCUGUCCGACAGCUAGCUCUGCUUCACUUCAGGAACACCAUAGUCCUGAGUGUAAAGUUAGAAGACGCACUGUCUCGACCUCGGGCCCGUGUGCCCCCCUCUGUUACACAGAUGCUGCUUAUUCUACAGGGGGUACAUGAGCCACGUGGUGUGAAUGAGGACUACCUGAGGCUGGAGUCUCUGGUUCAGAAGGUGGUCUCACCAUACCUGGGCACCCACGGCCUUUACUCUGGAGAUGGUGCUGAGGCCCAUUGCUGUGUUCUGGACAAGCGUUUACCGUGGGGCUGGCCCAAAUCCACAGAUCAACCAUCUAAAAACCCUGUGGUACGAUCGAAGAGCUACAACAUCCCUCUGCUGCUGACCCCAGUGGCCGAGUAUGACCCAGAUGCCAGCUCUGUUGGCAGUGGAGGAAUUAGACGGCACUCGGCCUGCGAGAUUAUAUCAUGCUUGGAGGAACAAGGACUGGCCUACGCUGACCUGGCCCCAGGAUCUGAACUGUCUGGCGCCUCCUCCAACAGGCUGUGUGUGGGCUCUCAGUUCAAUGGUAUUGUACAAGCAGGAGCCAGUGCCAUGGACCUGCCUCUUUCGUCGCCCUCCAUCCUUCCUCUACAUUCCUCAGGAGCUCUCCACGGCACUGAGGCCACAACAACAAUGACUGAUCUCAGUAAGGGUGCAUCCUCCACGCCACCCAGUGAAUCAUCCAGCCCUGAAACCAUAAUUGGACAAGUGCUAGAGUCUGCGGACUCAGACUCAGAUGGGAUAUUUAUUGAUUUCCCUUCUCACUCAUCCGAGGCUAUGGGGUACAGCCGCGAGAGCAGACAGAGCACUGUGUAGCUGUAGUUGCCUUUCGGAACGCUCCCCCCUCCAGUGUGUACGUCAAUAAUCUGGGACAAAGAUCAAAGUAAUCAUAAAAUUACAUUUCAUUAAAUGGGUACCAUCUUCCUUUCUUUCUGUAGUAUGAUGAGUUUCCAUGACGAUUCCAAGUGCUUUCACUGGUGAGUGAAAACCUUGUAACUCUAAAAUGUCGACCUUUUAAAAACCAUGCAAAAACACUCUUGUUUAACAAAUACAUAAAAUGAUUUAAAAACACAUUAAUGAGUCACAUCAUUACACUGGCUGACAUGCUCCUACAUUAACGUGGGCACUAGAGUUUGUUUUGAGUCAAUGCCACGUAUACCCUCCUGCUGCCAUAAAUACUCACUCACGUGCAAAAUGUGUAUUAAUCUGCAUCUGGAAAUAGUUGCUAACAAACGCAAUAUUUAUUCUUGUUUGAGUUAUGCUUGGUACAAACUGUCAGCACUUUUAGUAACUUAUUUAGCCUUAAAAAAACCGAACUACAGAUUUGUGACCUGUUUUUAAAGAGUUAGAUCUUCCACAGAAACAAAUGGGCUGGGGGCUGAAAGCCACAAAUAGGCUGGAUCAGCAGUGUGACACUAAUGUGUUUGUGGUUUUGUUUUUUUCAUGGGAUUUGCUGACAAUAACAAAAAUAUAAAAUAUCACUAGCCUUAUCCUGCAACCUAUAGAGGGGCACAUAAUCGUUCAAACUGAAGUUAAAAUCACAUAAACCUGAGGUCUUCAACAGGGGGUCCGUGACCCCUAGGGGGUCCGCGGAGGUACUGCAGGGGGGGUCAUGAAAUUUUUGGUUGGUAAGAAUAGAUUAGAUUCUGGGUCCUUGGCCUGAAAAACGUUGAAGACCCCUGAAAUAAACUACCAGAAUUUGAGUUACAAGGUUUUCACACAACAGCAGUACCUUACCUCUUCUGAGGAGAUGGCUGUUACAGCCGCCAUUUAAACAAAAAUGUCUGAAAUUUUACAUAAUCAUCAUGGGUUAAUUUAUGGGUUUAUUUUGUAUUAGCAUAUUUUUAACUUCAUAAGGGUUUUACAUUCUGUUUAUGCUCUCUUGCCUGCCAGUUAGCAUUAACACAGUAAUGCUCUCACUUUUGCACGACAUGUCAUGAUGAAAAUGUGGACUGUUGAAUUGUUUUUAUUGUCAGCUGCGCUCGUAGAAGUCUAAUGCAGAAUUCUCUCCUUAGAGCAUCAGUGUGAAAGCAUUUGCUUUUCUGCAUUAGCUUUGUACAGCAGGACUUUGAGGAAUAAUGCCGAUGUUUAUUGUUUACAUUUGACAUGAAUAUUUUCACUGAAUGUUGUCUCACACACUGUAUUUUGCACCACCACUACCUUGUAUAUAAAAGUGCAUAGUUGGUUUUUAGGACAGCUAAUUAGUGUAAAGUGAGCUUUUACCUUGAAAUUAAUUGAGAUUUUAAUAAGGGCUUUUUAACUGAAUCUUUUUCAAAUGAUGUUUUACCUCAAGCGUUUUGUACUUUACUUUUUUUGACAAUCUAUGAUGUCUGCGGAGUUGUACUUUGUAUUAAUUUGUUAUACUAGCCCAGUAAAAUAAAUAAAUAAAUGAAUAAAUUGGAGUAAUGUUUAAAAACAUUGGUUAUCUCUUUCUA